AUGAGUUCUUCUGAAGGAGAGAAAGGCGAGAAGCAGUCUGGUGGCAUGCUCAGCAAUGGAAGCAUUGAGCUUGGAAGACAGGAGGGCGUUGAUGAUGGGGAGGUUUUCCAGAAAAUUCCUGGCAAGGUUGACUUCCGCACUGUUGGGUGGAUUCAGGCGUCUGUCAUCUUUCUGAAGGUCAUUUUCGCAACUGGUGUCCUCACAAUUCCGAGUGCCAUGUUCGUCCUUGGUGCUCUCCCUGGUGCGAUCAAUGUCCUAGGGUGGCAAGGCCUCAAUACCUACUGCGCCAUUGUCCAAGGAAACUUCCGAAACAGACAUGCUGGCUGCCAUAGCAUCGCGGAUAUGGCGAAUGUAGUUGGCGGUACUUGGCUGAAGGAGGUCGUUGGAGUUUUGUUCCUCGUCACAUACGCCAUCGUCGGUGCUUCAGGCAUCUUCGGUACAUCUGUUGCGCUCAAUGUUCUUAGCAACCAUGCUAUCUGCACCAAUUGGUUCAUGUUAGUGGCGACAAUCGCAGUUCUGAUUCUCGCAAGUGUACGCAAGUUUGAGAAUAUUGCGUGGCUUACGUGGGCUGGCUUCUUGACCGUCUAUGUUGCUGUUUUCAUCGUCGUCGUCGGUGUUACAACCCUCGAUCGACCUGCUGCCGCUCCCCAGACUGGAGACUAUGAGUUUGGCUACCAUGUCAUCGGCAAUCCCACUUUUGUUGCGGCUAUCACGUCAGUCUCUACAAUCUUCUGCAGCGGUGCUGGAACUUCCGCCUUUCUGCCAGUUAUCUCUGAGAUGCGUCGACCUCGAGACUACAACAAGGCUGUCUACCUCUGCAUGGGUAUCGUCACUGCUUCAUACCUCACUUUCUCGCUUGUAGUCUACAAGUACUGCGGUCAAUGGGUGGCUUCUCCAUCUCUGGGAAGUGCAGGUCCUACCAUCAAGAAGGUCGCUUAUGGUAUUGGUCUUACUGGUCUCCUUGUCAGUGCCUGUCUGUAUGUCCACGUCGCAGCCAAAUACCUCUUCGUCCGACUCCUCCGACACUCAGAGCACUUCCAGAAGAACACCGUGGUACACUGGGCAGUUUGGCUGGGAUGCACGACUGCCAUGUCGGCUGUUUCGUUCCUUCUCGCUUCUGGAAUCCCCAUCUUCAACUACCUCCUGGCUCUCGCUGGAAGUCUCACCUUUUCGCCUCUCGCACUGGGCUUGCCUGGAUAUCUUUGGGUCUAUGACCACCAGCACUACCGAAAGGGAAAGAUGUGGCAGGUUAUUGUUUACUAUCUUAACUGGUUGAUGAUUGCGUUAUCUGUUUUCUUGACUAUUGGUGGAACCUAUGGUGUUAUUCAAAACAUCAUCGAUGCUUAUUCACAGGGACUUAUCGGAGGAGCCUUCAGUUGCGAGAACAAUGACAGGUAG